UGUGGACCAUGCAUGAUGUGAAUUCAUUGUAGAGUUUUCUGAGAAAAUCCCACACACUGAAGACAGUACAGGCAACGAUGGUGACUCCGAAUGGGAUUAUAUCCGUUACAGUGGUGAGGAACGACUACUCAGAGGAGGUGACUUCGCCUACUCCGAUCUUCACACCCACUGCUCAGGAAUCUGUAAAUGGAUUCAUAAUCGGCUGCAUUCUCAGCAUUGAAUCCACUCUGAUCAUCUUAACCAACCUCCUGGUGGCCAUCGCGUUGGUCUUGCUGAUCCGUAAGGGGGGCAAUCAUAGCUGGAGCUUCGUGUUAAACCUGGCCAUCGCUGAUAUCCUAGUGGGUCUGGCUAUCACGGCCAUCGCUAGUGAUGGAAUUAAAGCACACGUGGUCUCGAUGAAUAAAGAAGUGUGCUUGCUGCGCAUGUCUUUCAUCAUCACACCCAGCGCGGCAUCCAUCCUCACCAUGUUCGUCAUCUCACUGGACCGUUACGUGGCCAUCAAGGUACCGUUACGCUACUCACAACUCGUGGGCACCAAGAUGAUCACCGGCGUGUUGGUGUGUCUAUGGCUGCUGUCGACAGCCAUAGGAUUCUUGCCCAAUGUGGUAAAGGACAUGCAGCAUAGUCGGUAUGAAAGCGUAUGUACCUUCUUCUCUGUCAUCAACCCUCAGAGCAUCAUCAUAGUCUUCUGUACCACCUUCUUCCCCAUACUCUUGAUCUUCAUCUACUUCUAUCUAGACAUCCUAAAAAUCGCCUGGAGCCAUCAGCGGCGCAUCGAGCAAGCCAUGCAAGUGAUUUCCCGCUGCGUCCUGCCAAGCCGUUACUGGGGGCACGUCAAAGCGUUUAGGACCGUCACUGUACUUGUGGGUUGCUUUACCCUCUGCUGGUGCCCUUUUUUUGUGGUCAGCGUCAUACAGGUGCUGUGUUCACCAUGCAAGCUUUACUGGUUUUUAGAAAACCACCUCUGGAUGCUGGGGCUCGCCAAUUCCCUCAUCAACCCUCUAGUUUACGCCUUCUGGCAGAGGGAGGUACGACAGCAACUCUGCGAUAUGUUUGCUUGUAUUAAAUUCAGUCAGUACUGUAUUAAAGGUAACACGGACCAGACGACGAUCACUCAAACCAGAAACUCUUUAGACCCUGCGAUACCGGGUCAGAUCAUUAUUAGGAAGCCUGCUACGGUAGCUCUCGCUGUGUCAACAUAUCCAAACUCUGUGUAACAAACAACAGCAGUCUUUCAGUCAGGUGCUCAUGGGACACGGUUGAGUGUUUUGACAUCAACGACCGGAAAAGAGCUGUAUCCCAUAAUGGAUGUGGAGUCUUGAGAGUCUGCCUGUUUUACUCAUGCAGUGGAACAGAUGGCUUUAUUGACUUUUUGGCUCAGUUUCUUCUACUUAACUGAAAUCAGAAGACCAUAAGCAGUUAUGGCCUGAUGUCUCAAUUCCUGUUGUUUGCACUUCCAAUGUAAAUCUGUAAAAGACGACCAUGUCGAACAUGAUUGAUUCAGAUGUUUUAUAUGCGAAUGUUGUAUAAACACAGACAUGUUAACAUUGUUUUUUCUUGUUUUGUUGUUUUGUUUUUCUGCAAAAGGGGGUUCUCAACUUUACCGUAUACAGUACGAUACACCUGAUCCAAUUCAUGAGGACUUUUUCAGUACCUCGGAACACUCUGAAGUACUGAAAGGAAGUUUCCGAACUGACUUCUCCUUGUCGCUGUGGUACCUUUAGUGUGGAUCUUUUACCUGGGAAGGUGCGUGUGGUGGACCUUUAAUUAGCCUUUAGAUUAAAGCUUUAAAAAGGUACAUGAGGGGUACUUAAGGUCCAAUUAUGCAGCUUUAAAUUAUUUAUGUGUCCAGGUGAAAAAUACACAAAUGUACAGUGAUGGUACCACCCGACCACCCGAGAAACGAGGGAAAAUGAGUAUUUAUUUCUGAUCGUGUAAAUAAAUUAUUCAGGGAGCAUUAUACAUGAUCACAGCUCGGUCCGAUUUUCUAAUAUUGCUAAAGGAAACUUUAGGCUACAGAAACUGCAUUCUGGUGUGUUGGGAUUAUUGGGAUAAGUAUUGGAAUGCACUGGGAUCCUGUAGAAUGGGAGCAGGAAUAAGUGGACCACGUCACACACACACACACACACACAGAGAAAAAAAAAAGGGUAGCAAAUGUAAUAUGGGUGAAAAUGUUGUUCAUGAUUGUGUAUAUUGUAACGUUUGGAUACACGGGGAUCAGUCUGAAUUUCAGGUCAUUUUCAUGUGUUUCUUUACUGCUUUUCUUAGAAUAAAGACUUUCAGACCGAUUUCACA